UUGGCUCGUUGUGAGGGUUUUCACCCGAUGACCGAUAGGAUAUAAAAUCGUAGUGAGACUAAACUCCGGUAUAUAGAAAUCUACAACAAAAUGGCGGACGACAUCAGAGCAGGCGGUGAUGAAGAGAAAGGUAUUCCUGUACUGGCUAAGGAUACGUUGGAUGUCGACCUUACACACAGGCAAAUUGAAAAGAUUGAAAACAUAGGACACUUGGAGAAUAUAGAGACAUUAUGUUUUCGACGGAACAAGAUAAGCAAGAUUGAGGGCUUAGAAAAUUUGAUUACUUUACAAGAGCUGGACUUUUAUGAUAAUGAAAUUCAGAAGAUUGAAAACUUGGAGUUACUUGUUAAUCUGAAGAUUUUAGAUCUUUCAUUCAACGCAAUAAAGGUGGUGGAGAAUCUUUCAGCUUUAGUUCAAUUGCAGAAACUAUUUUUGAUUGAAAAUAGUUUUACUAAAAUUGAAAACUUGACUACAUUGUCAUCCCUAACUAUGCUUGAGCUUGGAGCAAAUAGGAUUAGGGUCAUCGAGGGCUUAGAUUGCUUGGUAAAUUUGGAAAGCUUAUUUCUUGGUAAAAACAAGAUCAGUAAACUAGAGAAUCUUGAUAGUCUGAAAAACCUGAGACUCCUCAGCAUUCAAAGUAAUCGUAUCACGAAGCUUGAAGGUCUUGAUAAUCUGGAAUGUUUAGAGGAAUUAUAUAUUAGCCAUAAUGGGAUUACUGCCAUUGAGGGACUUGAAAAAUUGGUCAAUCUCACAACUCUGGACUUGGCUUCAAACAAAAUCACAAGGAUUCAGAAUGUUAGUCAUUUGACUAAACUAGAAGAUUUUUGGUUUAACAACAAUCUUUUGGAGUCAUGGAAGGAUCUUGAUCAAUUAAAGGAAAUAGAAACUCUAAACACUGUUUAUUUCGAAGGCAACCCCAUUGGUAAGGAUGUCAAUUACAGAAGAAAAGUAAAACUAACUUUACCAUCUGUUAAGCAGAUCGAUGCAACUUUAACAGGAUAAUAGAGCUGUACUGUAUAACUUUGUAAAUUAUGUAUUAAUAGUUUAAUUGAAAAUAUAGAAAGCACAACUACGAUCAGGCUUCCAUGUGCCAAGAAAAACAACAAUUGGUAGAUAUAGGAGUUAUAUAUUUCUGUUAUAUAUAUAUAUUUUUGGCAAUAUAUAUUUAUGUUAUUUAGAAAUAAGAUUUAGUGGCUGGUAAAAAACACCAAUUAUACUGAUAAUUCAGGAUCACAGAUCCCAGGAGACUAAUUUUUAGAUAAAUUAUUUUUUGUCAUUUAUCAUAUAAAUAU